UCCUGCGCACGCGCUCUCCCAGCAUUCAGUGGGCGCGCGGGCGGCGGGCGCCUCAGUCCCGAAGGCUGCGGCCGCUGAGUGGACAGUGUUGGCCGACCGCUGAGCCGACGCGGACCAGGUGGAGGGAGGGACCGCAGGUGCGCACCCGCUCGUCAUGAAACCCCCCGCAGCCUGCGCAGGAGAUGCCCUGGACGUGGUGGCGCCGUGCUCGGCGGUAAACUAUCUCCGGUGGGACCUGAGCGCCCAGCAAAUCAGGGAGCUCACCGCCGAGCUCAUCGAGCAGACCAAGCGCGUGUAUGACCGCGUGGGCUCCCAGGAGCUCCAGGAUGUGUCCUACGAGAACACUCUCAAGGCGCUGGCCGAUGUGGAGGUGUCCUAUACAGUUCAGAGGAACAUCCUGGACUUUCCCCAGCAUGUGUCCCCAUCCAAGGACAUCCGGGCGGCCAGCACGGAGGCGGACAAGAAGCUGUCGGAGUUCGACGUGGAGAUGAGCAUGAGGCAGGAUGUGUACCAGAGGAUCGUGUGGCUGCAGGAGAAAGUCCAGAAGGACUCGCUGAAGCCCGAGGCGUUGCGGUACCUGGACCGGCUCGUCAAGCUGGGCAGGAGGAACGGCCUCCACCUGCCAGUGGACACACAGGAGAAAAUCAAGAGCAUCAAGAAGAAGCUGAGCCUCCUGUGCAUCGACUUCAAUAAGAACCUGAACGAGGACACGACCGUCCUGCCGUUCUCGCGCGAGGAGCUGGGAGGGCUCCCUGAAGACUUUCUGAACUCACUGGAGAAGACAGAGGAUGAGAAGUUGAAGGUAACCCUCAAGUACCCGCACUAUUUCCCCCUCCUGAAGAAGUGCCACGUGCCCGAGACAAGGAGGAAGGUGGAGGAGGCCUUCAACUGUCGGUGCAAGGAGGAGAACUGUGCGAUCCUCAGGGAGCUGGUGGCACUGCGUGCCCAGAAGUCCAGCCUGCUGGGGUUCAGCACGCACGCCGACUACGUGCUGGAGAUGAACAUGGCUAAAAGCAGCCAAGCGGUGGCCGCUUUCUUAGACGAGCUGGCCCAGAAGCUGAAGCCCCUCGGGGAGCAGGAGCGGGCCGUGAUCCUGGAGCUGAAGAAGGCCGAGUGCUCCAAGCGGGGCCUGGACUUCGAUGGGCGGAUCAACGCCUGGGACAUGCGCUACUACAUGAACCAGGUGGAGGAGACGCGCUACAGUGUGGACCAGAACCUGCUCAAGGAGUACUUCCCCGUGCAGGUGGUCACCCGCGGGCUGCUGGGCAUCUACCAGGAGCUGCUGGGGCUGACCUUCCAGCUGGAGGACGGCGCCGCCGUCUGGCACGAGGACGUGACACUCUACACAGUCAGGGACUCGGCCUCGGGCCAGGUCAUCGGGAAGUUCUACCUGGACCUCUACCCUCGGGAAGGGAAGUAUGGGCACGCGGCGUGCUUCGGCCUGCAGCCGGGCUGCCUGCGGCAGGAUGGGACCCGGCAGAUCGCCAUCGCGGCCAUGGUGGCCAACUUCACCAAGCCCACCACCGACGCACCCUCCCUGCUGCAGCAUGACGAGGUGGAGACCUACUUCCACGAGUUUGGGCAUGUGAUGCACCAGCUCUGCUCCCAGGCAGAGUUCGCCAUGUUCAGCGGGACGCAUGUGGAGCGGGACUUUGUGGAGGCGCCUUCGCAGAUGCUGGAGAACUGGGUGUGGGAGGCGGAGCCGCUGCUCCGGAUGUCCCAGCACUACCGCACGGGCACUGCGCUCCCCCAGGAGCUGUUGGACAAGCUCAUCAAGUCCCGGCAGGCCAACACCGGCCUCUUCAACCUGCGUCAGAUCGUCCUGGCCAAAGUGGACCAGGCCCUGCACACGCAGACGGCCGCAGACCCCGCCGAGGAGUACGCCCGCCUCUGCCAGGACAUCCUUGGGGUUCCAGCCACGCCAGGGACCAACAUGCCUGCGACCUUCGGCCACCUGGCGGGUGGCUACGACGCUCAGUACUACGGCUACCUGUGGAGCGAGGUGUACUCCGCCGACAUGUUCCACACACGCUUCAAACAGGAGGGCAUCCUGAGCGGCAAGGUCGGCAUGGACUACAGAAGCUGCAUUCUGAGACCCGGUGGCUCCGAGGAUGCCAGUGUCAUGUUGAAGCUCUUCCUAGGUCGCGACCCCAAGCAGGACGCCUUCCUACUGAGCAAAGGGCUGCAGGUUGAGGGCUGUGAGCCACCGGCCUGCUGACGGCACAGGUUCUGCCCAUCCCUGUGGGCUGGACCCGGCUCCCUGGCCCUGGUGCCUUAGCGCCCAGCCGGAAGCAGGGUGGGAAGUGGGGGCUUCCAGCCUGGUGAUAGGUCGGGGGAGGGCUACAUGUCCCGCUACUCUCCAAGGUACCCCCAGCAGCUACCCUGGGCUGAAAGGUCUCCGCCUGAGGUGUCUGGGGAGCCUUGUGUCCAUUCAGGGCUCCUGUUUGUUGCACUAACGCGGCCCCUUCCCAGGGAGUUUUCCUAGUUAAGAAACAGUUCUUGAAAUGCAGCCAUUAAAAAAAGACUUCUGGUCUGGUCUCUGACUCCCUUCUACCACAGGGGAGUGGCAUGUUGGAGUGGUCUGGAUGGUGACACGUUUGGGUCACCGGGAGACGGCUGAGCUGUGGAGGGAGUUCUUCCAGGCGGUGGAGACAGUGGUGCCAGCCCGCUAGGAUUGCUCCCCAAGGUGCCUGUCUCCUGCCAGCCUCUCACCUGUCACUGUUCUGGAACCACCCCGCCUCGUCCUUGCAGUGCUGGCUGGUGCGGAUGCCCUCAGGCCGCACUCCUCUCUUGAGCCUGGCAUCCAUCUUUGGGAUUGUGACAGACGGGGUGUGGCCUUGAUGAGUGGGUGCAGCUGAGGGAAGCCGGGCUGUGGCUUUCCUGCCCCUGGACCUGCUCGCACGGCUGCGCCUGCCCUCCGCUCGCAGCUGGCUGGCUCCCUCUGGCUGUUGGCAGCCCGGUGAAGCCUGGACCACGGCAAGGGGCUGCCUUCUGGGUCCUGGUGAUUCUGGAGGACGGCCUUGGUGGCAUUGCCUGGCCCUGGUGGGAGUUAGGAAAGGGCUCUUCACUCAGGCAGGGGGGUGGGUGCCCGCUUCGCCUGGUCUGGGCCGUCUGUCCUGUGCUUCCUUCCCUGGACUUCCAUCCUCUCCAGUCCUUCUCCCUGAGGCCCUGGCGGGCAGGCCGUGGGGCCCCCCGAUUUCCCCUCUGCUGCUCCCUCACCCACCCCGUGCUGGCGGCUGUGGCCUGGGCUGUGGGGUCGGUCCCUCGCAGACCCGGCUCAGCUUCCUGCCCCAGUGUCUGCACCUUCUAAACAGGUGUUCCCAGCGGGGCUGUGGCCCAGAGCUGGGGGUUGGGCGGCCCAUUGCCAGAAGAGCGUGCUGAAAGGCUGUGUUGAUGCUGGAGUCACCCAGGGCUUGAACCACAACCAGCCUUCUGUCUGGCCACUUCCUGAGGUGGAUGGGUGCUGGGGUCUGGGAGCCCUUGUCUUCUCCUGUACCGAGCCCCCAGAUGGGUGCCAUCUGGUCCCCGUGCAGAAUCCAGAUGUGGUAUUGGCACCCCCAGCUGUGCUCCAGGCAGUCAGGGGGCUGCAGGCCUCAGGGUUGUGGGUCACAUGGUUCCUGCGUGGGCAGUUCAGGUCUGCGAGGGUGAGUCCCGGCCCCAGUCUUCAGCCUUCUUUCCCCAGACUCCGGGCCCAGGGUCUAGUCAAUGCCGGCUGGAGGUUUUUGCUUGCUCUCCACAGCUUCUGCCCUGGCAUGAGCCCCAGAUUCAUGCUGAGCUCAGCUGUCUGGGGCCCAGACUUCCUGGCAGCUGGUUCCUGUGUGUCUUUGGUCAUUGAUGGACUUGAAGUAGGGGCCCAGCCUCUGGGGUGGGGACCCUGUGCCUCAUGGAGACUAUUGCUCUCAGAGCACCAAGGAGGUGGCGGGGACAGCGGGCGCUGGGGUCCUGCUGGUGUACGUGGUCGCCAGGGUAACCAGAGCAGCCUCGUGCCGUGGGCUUGCAGUCUCACCAGAAAAACGAAAUAUGUCCAAGGAGACCCCAGGGGUCAGGAAGUCCCUGGCUUUUCUCUGUUGACUGUGAGCGACAGGCGGGCUCGGUUAGGCUUGGAUGGACUCUACGAAGGUUCUUUACGUGGCCAAAGCGUCGGCCACAAGCAUUUCCUUUUUAUUAAAAAAAAUUACUUCCCAAA